AAAGUUCAAAACAAAACUGUUGGAACGACCGUGAAAUCACCGAAAGCCCCGUAACCGGAAAUGGACCCCGGUAAGCGAUCACUCCGCGACAAAAUCUUCAGCAGACUGCCCAAGACGGCACGCACGGAACCACCCGUCGCGGUUGAGGAAACCUCGAAUCCACCACUACAACCCACCCAACAAUCGGAACGGGAACCGGAAGUUGACUCGGACGGCUCGAGCAGCGUCGGUGACCACCUGGUGAACCUCGAGGACAUCGAUCUGGACGCGCAGUUUUUCAGCCAGGAGUUUCGGAGUGAGAAUGUUGCGUCGAUUGAAGAGAGGAUACCGCCGGAAGUGCUGUCGAGUGGCUCGGAUGGGGAGGGUGAUGCUGAAGAGAGGGGGCGGAUUUGCGAGAUGCUCACGCAGCUGGCGCAGUUCAAUAGCGAUGCUGUGCGGGAGGUUGCUGAGCGGAACAGGGAGAUUGAUGCCGCCGUUGAUGUAGGGAUGGAUGAGGAGGAGAUUUUGAGGUCGAUUCAUAAGGUUGAGGGAAUUAAAACGGUAGAGCAGAAGGAAGGUUCCGACGGGGAAUGGGAGCUGAUUAAGGCUUUGAAUGUUGAGGAAGCAAAAGGGAAGGAUGUAGAAGUUACCAUAACUCAACGGAAAACGGGUAAAAAUGGUAAAAUUAUAGACGUGGAUGCAUGCCUUAAAAGAUUACUUCAAAGUGAACGUAGAGACAAAUUCUUACAUACACAUCAAGUACAUUUACUUUGCAUGUUGGGGAGAGGAUUUUACCUGAAUAAGCUAGUCAACCAAGCUGUAUCAGAUUGUAGCCAAGAAAUUGUUCAACUGCUUAACAUUCAGCAAGACGAGGUGCCUGCUGAACCAGAUUUCAAUUAUCUGAAGUCAGUUUGUGAUAUUUGCCAAAAGAUUAGAAGAGUAGACGAAUUUUCUAAUAGUUGUAGAAAAAUGUUUAGCGCAAUUCUCUCUCCAGACGAAGCGUUCGUACUGUUGAGCAUCACAAUUUUGCGAUUCCUAGCCAUAGAAGCACGACUAGUCAUGUACUUAAACGUGAUAUCCAAGGCGAUGGUCCAAGAGCCUAAACCGAAACCUCAACCGAAAGCCAAAAGCAAACCACCCACAGAACCGCCAACUCAACGCUACACUGACGUCGCUCUUACAACCUCCGAGAUCCUGAAACGAAAGCCCGAGUUUGCUCACUUUUCCCAAGUUCCACAACUCGACGGAGCCGAUGACGCGCCGGUAGAGCCGAAACGACCUCGACUGUGGAAGCUGAAGCAAUCUGCACCUGCGAGAGUGUCCGUUUCAAGCGGAAAGCCGAAGCGAGGCACGACCUCCAAGUUCUUCAACAGGUCGAAAGCGAAGCUGACGAAGAAACCGGUAACCGAUCAACAGCCAAAGUUAUCCCUUUGGAUCGAAGUGUAUCUCACGGCGGAGAAGUGCUGGACUCCCGUGGACAUCCUGUCCAACCAAGUUGGCUUGGCACACGUGAUGAAGCGACUUCCAGAUCCAGCGGUUUACGUGUUCGGCUGGAGCAACGACGGCACGUUGCAGGAUGUUAGCGGGCGUUAUUGGUGGAAAUCCGAGAUGGCCGCUCGACAUCAACGCGUCACCGAAAAGUGGCUGCGUCCCGUGCUUCACCGCUUCGACAGAAGACGAAAGGUCAUGCGGGAUCUUGUGGAUCAACUGCAGUUUCGACAACUGCGAACCAGAGCACCGAUCCCCGAGAAGUUGUCCGAGUUCAAGAACCACCCCUCGUACUGCCUGAAGCGCGACCUGCUCAAGUUCCAAGCCAUCUACCCCCCGGACGCACCCCCGCUAGGCUUCUUCCACGGCGGCGAACCCAUCUACGGCCGCGAGUGCGUCCACACGCUGCACUCGCGCGAGGUUUGGCUGCGCCACGCCAAAACCAUCCGGCUGCGAGAGUCCCCCUACAAGGUGGUCAUGUCCAAGCUGCGCCGCGAGCCCACCCAGCUCGAGCUGUUCGGCCACUGGCAGACGGAGGAGUACGUGCCGCCGGAGCCGCGCGACGGCAAGGUUCCGCGCAACGCGUACGGCAACAUCGAGAUCUUCAAGGAGUGCAUGCUGCCGCGCGGGGCGGUCCAUUUGAAGCAGCCCAACAUCUCGCGGAUCUGUCGCCGGUUGAACGUGGAUUACGCGCCCGCCGUGGUCGGGUUCGGAGUUCAUGCCGGUGGGAAUCACCCCGUGUUUGAAGGGAUUGUCAUCUGUAGGGAGUUUGAGCAGCGUGUGCUGGAAGAGUACGAGCGUGACCUGGUGGAGCAGGAACAGCGAAAGCGGGAAAAGCACGAGCGUCGGAUCUACGACAAUUGGCGCAAACUGAUCAAAGGACUGCUGAUCCGAAGCAGGUUGCGAGCGAAAUAUAACUUUGAUCGGCUUUGAGCGUGAAUCAGUUGUCUUUGUCCCAUCCGUUGUCCCUGCAGUAGCGAUCUACUGUACGCCGUAGAACAGCUUAUACGUCGUGCUCCGUCUUGGAGCAUAGGACCGCGUUGAUAGAACCUCUCCGAUUUGCCUCCGAGUCCUGUAAAACGAGAUCAGUUUGCGCUUUUUCAUGUUAACUUCCAUUACGUUCUGAACGCACCAGCGAAGCAGCAUGUUGAUGUCAUCCUGAAGAGCACGGACAAAAGCAUCGCAAAUUCCCCGGAAGAUUUUGAGGUCGUCGCGUACAACAGCUUGCUUGACUGGAGACGGGGACAUAGGUCGUUGAUAAAGAGCACGAAAAUCAACGACCCGAGAUGGCUACCUUGCGGAACGCCAGUGGAAAUUUCGUUACAGGCCGAGUAAGUUCCAGAGAUCUUCACAUAAGAGGAACGGUUGACCAGGUACGAGUAAAGCCAACGAGUUACCCAGUCAGGAAUGUAUACCUACAGACCCUGAGCUGUAAGUUUAACGAACGUCAGCUUGUGCAGGACUCGAUCAAAAGCUUUGACGAAGUCGACGUAGAUGGCAUCAACAUGGUGACGCUUAUCCAUCCUCCAGAUUAUCCAGUUUGUGUAAACCAUCAGGUUGGACGUCGUAGAUUGCUGUUUCAUGGAGCUGGUGCUGGUAUUCGGAGAUGAUGUUUUUCACGGACGGGUAGAUGUGGUCAACAAGCAACUUUUCCAAUACCUUAUUCAAACAGCUCAGAAUUGGGAUCGAACGGUAAUUCUCAACUUUGGUUCGACUACCCGACUUGUGGAUCGCGCUUCCACUCCGACGGGAAAGCAUCUUAGGAGAGCGAGCUGCAACAGUUCUUGACGACAGAUGGAGGGGGAUCGCGUAAAACGUUCUGCAACUUGAGCGCCAUCAACUGAACCCGCGGUGUCCAUUUUACUUCAAUGAACAGCUUCUAGCCUUGAAUUGAGCUUUUCAAAGUUGCAGCUUUUGACUCUUAAAACCCGGAUCUCCCGCUUCAGAACGAAUGGAGGAUGCGGAGCCUCCAUCGGUAAGGGUGAGUUUGGGGGCUGUAGCAGCUCAAAGGCCGCUGCAUUACUCACAAAAGCUAGGUCCAGUGUGCGUUUGGAGUUGUUCAGCAGGGAGUUCGUUUGUACCAGCUCGUUGGCACCAUUCGUAACGCCAUCUUUGCUUAAAAAUCUGUCAUUACGGAGCCGUGUGUCUAUUUAUAGAUCCGAGAUAUAUUAUUCUUCGUCUUGAUGGAAGAUGAUGAUCACCUGGGGGGUCUUGUUGGAAGAGUCUUCCUUCCUUCCUUCACGCGUUCUGGUGUGGCUCUUCCCGUCCAUUCCUCACUCACCCACCGCUGUUGUAGUGGGGGGGAGCGGCAUGUGAGUGAGGUAAUUAAUUACCGAGUAUCUGUUGGUUCAGAGGGAGCAG